CUUGGUAAGGUCUCUCAAAUAUAUAAAACUUGCAUCCAGUAUUAAGCAUAACGGAUCUUCAGUCUUUUAUGAAGCUCCUUGUAUAUUCAUAAAUGAGUAUGAAUGGAAAAAGAAGGUAUGAACCAUGAGAAAACUACAGCCUCUGUGGUGUGCAUUCAGUAAAUAGUAGUGAGAGGCCAUAAAGUUGACAGUUCUGACAAUUCCUUAGGAUAUACCAUUUUUGGACAUGAGAGACUGCUCCCGUGAUGGCAGAGGUUUGUGGGAAAGAUUUUGUUGAACACUAUACGACUCUUAAAUGCUAAAAGCAGAAGGCACUAGCUGGUAGCUCAGUGUGGAGCAAAAAUUUUAUUUUAAACUUCAAAAAUAAUUAUGUCAAAGAAAAGUCGUGCCAAGGGAGAGAAGUCCGAGAUGGAGAUUGAAGCCCUGCAGGCUGCUAAUGAGGAGCUACGAACUAAACUAACCAACAUCCAGAUAGAAUUUCAACAAGAAAAAAGCAAGGUGGGAAAACUGAGAGAAAAAAUCCAAGAGGUUAAACAGGAAAGGGAGCAGGAGCAGCACAAGCACACCGCCUAUGUUUCUGAGCUGAAAGCCAAGCUCCACGAGGAGAAAAUGAAAGAGCUUCAGAGUGUCAGAGAACUACUGAUCCGGCAGCACGAGCAGGAGGUGGCAAGAAUGGUGAAAAUCAAAGAUGGUGAAAUUCAGCGUUUGCAGUCAACAGUCAAUGUCCUGCGGGACGGGGCGGCUGACAAAGUGAAGACGGCGCUGCUGAGCGAAGCAAAGGAGGAGGCUCGCAAGGCGUUCGACGGUGAACGAAUGAAGUUGCAACAAGAGAUCUUGGAGCUGAAAUCUGGCAAAAAGCAGCUCGAGGAAGCUUUGAACAACAUUAUGCAGGCGGAUAAAAUGAAGGCUGCGGACCUGCGCACGGCUUAUCAGUCUCACCAGGAUGAGAUCCACAGAAUAAAGCGGGAAUGUGAGAGAGAGAUCCGCAGGCUGAUGGACGAGAUAAAAGGCAAAGACAGGGUGAUUCUAGCUCUGGAGAAAGACCUUGGUGUCCAGGCAGGCCAUACACAGAAACUGCUCCUUCAGAAAGAAGCUUUGGAUGAACAACUUGUCCAAGUGAAGGAGGCAGAACGAUACCAUAGUAGUCCUAAGAGAGAGCUUCCUGCAGGAGUAGGAGAUAUCACUGAACUCAUGGGAAGUCCGGAGCAGCAUUUGGAUGAACGAGAUGUGCGGAGAUUUCAGUUAAAAAUCGCUGAACUGAAUGCUGUAAUAAGGAAGCUGGAAGACAGAAAUACUCUCUUAGCAGAUGAAAGAAAUGAACUGCUGAAACGUUCUCGGGAGACAGAAAGUCAGCUGAAGCCUUUGGUAGAAAAAAAUAAGAGGAUGAGCAAAAAAAAUGAUGAUAUGUUGCAAAGUAUCCAGAGAAUGGAAGAAAAAAUAAAAAAUCUAUCAAGGGAAAAUGUAGAACUGAAAGAGAAGUUAUCUGCACAACCAGCGCUGAAGAGGCACACAUCUUUGAAUGAUCUCAGCAGCACACGAGAGGAACAAGAAAUUGAGUUCCUUAGACUGCAAGUCAAAGAACAACAGCAUGUUAUUGAUGAUCUCACAGUGGAAAGAGAACGGUUAUUGCGGUCUAAAAAACAGAGGAGGAAAAGUCUGAAGCCUCCAAAGAGGCAUGUUGUGGAGACAUUUUUUGGAUUUGAUGAAGAAUCUGUUGAUUCGGAAACGUCAUCUGUAACUUCAUACAACACAGAUAAAACAGACAGGACACCAGCAACACCAGAAGAAGAUUUGGAAGAUAGCACACCUAAAGAAGAAGCUGAACUAAGGUUCUGCCAGCUAACAAGAGAGUAUCAAGCUUUGCAACGAGCAUAUGCAUUGCUUCAAGAGCAAGUUGGCGGAACCCUGGAUGCAGAGAGAGAAGCAAGGACUCGCGAACAACUGCAAGCUGAUCUUCUCAGGUGUCAGGCAAAAAUUGAGGACCUGGAGAAAGCUCUAGUCGAGAAAGGACAGGAUUCAAAAUGGGUAGAAGAAAAGCAGCUGUUAAUUAGAACAAAUCAGGAGUUACUAGAGAAGAUUUACAGAAUGGAACAAGAAGAACAUCAGCUGAAGAAUGAGAUGCAAGAUGCAAAAGACCAGAAUGAGCUGUUAGAAUUCAGAGUGCUAGAGCUUGAAGAGAGAGAGCGAAGGUCGCCAGCAUUUAACCUUCAUAUAACCACCUUCCCUGAAAACAAUGGAAGUGCACUUCAACUGUUCUGUCAUCAGGAAGGAAUAAAGGAUGUGAACAUAUCUGAACUUAUGAAGAAAUUAGAUAUUCUUGGAGAUAAUGGGAAUUUGAGAAAUGAAGAGCAGGUUGCAAUAAUCCAAGCUGGGACUGUGCUUUCCCUCUGUGAAAAGUGGUUGAAACAGAUAGAGGGGACAGAAGCUGCACUGACACAGAAGAUGUUAGACCUGGAGAAUGAAAAGGACCUGUUCAGUAAACAGAAGGGUUAUUUAGAGGAAGAACUCGACUACAGGAAGCAAGCUCUGGACCAGGCUUACAUGAAAAUCCAGGAGCUGGAAGCCACGCUGUAUAAUGCCCUGCAGCAGGAUCCAGGAAGGCGGGCGAGCGAGUCUCUGACAGAAGCCCAGAGGGAGGAUUUGCGAGCUGCAGUGGAGAAGGUGCGGCGGCAGAUCCUGAGGCAGAGCCGUGAGUUUGACAGCCAGAUCUUGCACGAGCGAAUGGAGCUGCUGCAGCAGGCACAGCAGCGAAUUCGAGAUCUAGAAGAUAAAAUAGAGCUUCAAAAGAGGCAACUCAAAGAAAUUGAGGAAAAGUUUUUGUUCCUUUUUUUGUUUUUUUCACUAGCAUUCAUUCUGUGGCCUUGAUGACACAACCGAGCCAAGAUGUGUGGGAAAAGCAAAUUGAAGUUUCAGAACUGGAAAGGCAAUAUGAAGAAACAGAUAAUUUUAAUUAUUUCUGAAAUGUUGAGAUAAGCUGAAAAUAUUAAGAGCACAAUAUUAGAAGAUAACUUUCUCCUUCCUCACAUCUUUUUGGAAAUCAUAUUUGUGUAGAAAGCCACAGAGAAACAAGUCUACUCCCAUGGACACAAUGAACUCCAACAUGAACACAGAGUGGAAUUAGAUGGUUACAAUAACACAACACAUGAAGUAGAAAUUACGAUUGACAAAAAUAACAUAAGGCAAUGAACAAUUAAGGAAGGACAAAGAAGGCUGAGGGAAAAUUUUGUCACAACAACUGAUUUUCUCACUGCUAAAGGUGCAAGAAUCAGCCUCAGGAGCAGCCAGUUUUCUCAGAUAAUCAUCAGUCUUUGAAGAUCAGAGGUGUACCCUCCACAAAGAAUCACCAGACAACAGCAUUUACCUGCAGAAGGUGCUGAGACACUGAAGAUUAAUUUAGUCAAAUGCAGCAAACUGUGGCUGAUGUGAGGGUCUGAAUAACACUGUUUCCUGGUAAAAAGCACAGUUUACCUUGGAAACAAGGACCAUGCAGAAGUCUGGAAUCUUGUUCUCCAAAAGAAUGUGUUGCUCGCAAUGUGUUGUUCAAAAGGAACAAGCUUUUAGAGAAUGUGUUUUCAUAUAGAGAUUUUUCAUGUUUUAGUUAAGGCUGUUAGCAGUGUGAUGACAGAGUGGAAAAAUGAGGUUUUCACUGCAAAAGGCAGAAUUCUGGCAUCACUCUGAAGAAAAGGACCAAAACAGGAGAUAAACAGAGCUUGAGAUAAUCAAACCCAGUGAUGAUGAAGGAACAGAAAUUGGAAAGUGUGAUUCACUUGGCAAAGAAACCCUUUUCUUAUAGGCACAGUUUUGCUCAUCACUACUUUGGAUAUGAAACUAUAAGCACAAACAUGGGAUGGUCAGAGCACGUGGCUGCCACGGUAAGCACACUGCACAGACAGGAGAGGAUCUUCUCACAAAGCAGAAAAGGAAUUAGAAGAUGCAAGCACACCUGAUGGAAAAGUAAACAGUGCUGGAGAAGAGAACUUAAAUCUCAGAAUAAAAGAGCUGGAAAAGUCAGAGCAAAACCUGAGAGGUGUUCUAGAGGACUACGUGGAGUCAGAUUCUGUCCUAAGA